AUGGCUUCUCAACCCAGUGAAGACUACUCUGAAAUCGAUUGUCCACCUCAAUAUCGUGUAACUCCAAACCCAGAACAACAAGAGCGUUUGACUAACGCCCCCCCACUGUUGAGAAAAAAGUCGACAAAUUACAGUGACGCUCUAGAGUUGGACCAGAAUCUGCCCAGUGCUAUGUCGAAGGGCCUGCAUUUGAGAAAAGAUUCCGAAAGUGAACAGACGCAGCAGCGCGAAGCUAGCAAGCAUGAAUUGCAACGAAGAGCAGUGAAUCCGGAUAAUGAGGACGAAGAGACUACUUACGAAUACGGGAAUCUGAAAUGGAACGAGAGGGACGUUCCUGUCAUAGCUGCAUCGCAUGGGAGCAAGACAGGCCUCGUCAAACCCAACGUAGACUCGCCUCCAAAGUCACCAUACGGUAUCAUUUACUGUGACGGGGAACAUGAAGGUGCUAAAAAGUCAGAAUUCCCAUUUGAAAGGCCUCCAUUGAAGGAACGACGGUCGUCGCUAUUUGAGGACCAAAGAGAAGAGUCCGAUGGCCGCCGUGCGGUUGCCCCAUGA